AUGGCUAGGGGAAGACGCGCAAAUCAACGCGAUGCCGAUUUGGAUUUAGAAAACAUCCAAGACGAGAUUGAAGAAGUUAAACCGGCUCCCAAGCCGAAGACGAAGAAGAACAAAAAGGCUACCAAGAAAUCCGAAGCUGUUCUUGAUGAAGAAUCUGACUCGAAAUCCAAUGGAAGCCAGAAUCAAGAAGAGGAGGAAGACGUUUCUCCUCCCAAGAAGUCUUCCGGUCAAAACAAAAAGCCAGUGAAUGCCUUUGCCGCAUUCGCUGACGAGCAGGAAGAUGAAGAAGAGUCCGAGUCAGAAGACUCUGGGGUUGAUGAAGAUCCCAAAAAGAAAAAGAAGAGUGGCAAGAAAGCAAGCCGUAAGAAUGCUUUCGACUCUUUAAACGAAGGCAUGGAUGAAAUGUCCUUAAAGGAUGAGGAGAAAGAAGAGUCUUCUACUUCCAAAAAGGAAAAGAAAAAAUCCAAGAAGUCUGAUGAACCUAAGAAGGAUCGCAAAACUCGCAAGAAAGAAGAGAAGGCUCAAAAGAUCGCUUCUCUUGUGGAAUCUAAGGAGGAAAAUGAUUCUGCCGGUAACGGACCUCUUAAUCAAAACCAAAAUUUGAAGGAUGGCUUGCUUUCUGGACGACUUAUUUUUGCUUAUGCUUCUGGACAGAAAGUUUCUGCUGACGGUUCUGAUCCAUCGGCCGGUAUCACCGUUACCGGUAAUUUACUCAGUCCUCCCAACAGCCGUGACUUACAAGUAGAAAAAUUAUCAGUAUCUGCGUAUGGUAAACAUCUUAUUAAGGACUCUGAACUUAGCUUAAUCAACGGUCGUCGAUAUGGUUUAAUCGCGCCGAACGGUACCGGUAAGUCUACUUUACUUCACGCAAUUGCAUGUGGACAAAUUCCUGCCCCACAAUCCUUAGACUUUUAUUUAUUGGAUCGUGAAUAUAUGGGUAAUUCACUUACCUGCGUUGAAGCAGUCUUAGACAUCAACGAGCAAGAGCGUAAACAUCUUGAAACUAUAAUGGAAGACCUACUUGAUGAUCCAGAUAAGAAUGCUGUUGAGUUGGAUACUAUUCAAACUCGUUUAACUGAACUUGAAACUGACAAUAGUGAGCAUCUCGUUUACAAGAUUCUUAAAGGUUUACAAUUUACUGAUGAAAUGAUCUCCAAGCGAACUGAAGAUCUCAGUGGUGGUUGGAGAAUGCGUAUCGCUUUGGCUCGUAUUCUGUUCAUUAAGCCUACUCUUAUGAUGCUUGACGAGCCUACAAAUCACCUUGACCUCGAAGCAGUUGCAUACUUGGAAGAAUACUUAACUCAUGAAAUGGAAGGUCAUACUGUGUUGAUUACCUGUCAUACCCAAGACACUUUAAAUGAGGUUUGUACCGAUAUCGUUCAUCUCCACCAUCACAAGCUUGAUUACUAUUCUGGUAAUUACGAUGUAUUUCUCAAGGUGCGUGGAGAGCGUGAUGCGCAAUUAGCUAAGAAGGCUCGUCAACAAGAAAAGGACAUGUCUAAAUUACAAAACAAACUUAACAUGACUGGAAGUGAUCAGCAAAAGAAAGCUAAGGCUAAAGUGAAGGCUAUGGAUAAACGUCUUGAAAAAGACAAACAAUCCGGCAAGGUUUUGGAUGAAGAAAUCAUUCAAGAGAAACAACUGGUUAUUCGCUUCCAGGAAUGUGGUGGUGGUAUACCAUCUCCUGCUGUAAAAUUCCAAGACGUUUCCUUUAACUAUCCUGAAGGCCCUACUAUCUUCUCAAACUUGAACUUUGGUUUAGAUUUGAAUUCUAGAGUCGCUUUGGUAGGCCCUAAUGGUGCUGGCAAGACUACAUUGAUUAGAUUGAUCCUUGAGAAGAUUCAACCUACGGUUGGAAGCGUUGUUCAUCAUCACGGCCUUCGCUUGGCUUUGUUCAAUCAACACAUGGGUGAUCAAUUGGAUAUGAGAUUAUCUGCAGUAGAUUGGCUACGUACUAAAUUCGGUAAUAAGCCAGAAGGUGAAAUGAGAAGAAUUAUUGGUCGUUACGGCCUUACUGGUAAAAGUCAAGUCAUCCCUAUGAGUCAGCUUUCUGAUGGACAACGUCGUCGUGUUCUUUUUGCUUUCCUCGGUAUGACUCAACCACACAUUUUACUUCUUGAUGAACCUACGAACGCUUUGGAUAUUGACACCAUUGAUGCUUUGGCUGAUGCUCUGAACAACUUCGAUGGUGGUGUUAUUUUCAUUACCCACGACUUCCGUCUCAUUGAUCAAGUUGCUGAAGAAAUUUGGGUCGUCAAGGAUAAUACUGUGAAAGAGUUUGAUGGUGAAAUCCGUGAUUACAAGAUGAUGCUUAAAGAGCAGAUUGCCAAGGAUAGAGAGAACGAAAAAGAAGUAGAAUUGGCUAAACAAAAAAAGUAA